GGGAGAACGCGCAGUCAUGGAAGAAAUAGACGUAAUCCAAUCAUCUGAAAGUAAAGAAGAAGAGCAACGAGUGUGGAGUUGGGGAGCCGGUACAGAUGGGCAGCUGGGUACGGGCUGUUUACAGGAUGAACUCUCACCUCAACUCCUUCACCUUCCUUUCUCCAUCUCCACGCUUGCCUGCGGUGGCGCUCACGUUUUGGCCUUGACCUCAUGUGGUCGAGUGUUUUCGUGGGGAAGAGGCACUUCUGGUCAAUUAGGCCGUGGAGACAUGGUUAACAGCUCCUAUCCAAAGCCUAUUUCUUUCUUUGACGGCUAUUCAGUUACUCAGCUUUCAGCCGGAUGGAGUCACUCGGGUUUUGUUUCAGAUUCAGGGUGUCUUUUUACUUGUGGGGAUGGCUCGUUUGGUCAGCUUGGGCAUGGCGAUUACAGCUCACAUUGCUCUCCUGUUAAAGUCUCAUACUUUACUAAUAACAAUGUUCAACAGAUAGCAUGUGGCAUGCGCCAUUCACUUGUUUUGUUGAAAGAUUGUUUGGGAAAUCAAGUUUAUGGAUUUGGAUCUGGAAAGCGUGGUCAAUUGGGUAUCUCAAAGGAUAAGAUCAGAUCGGUUAGUCUUCCUCAAGUUACAAAUGGAUUUGAAGAUGUUGAAAUUGUUGGCAUUUCUGCAAAUGGAGAUCAUAGUGCUUCAUUAUCUGCUAAUGGGCAUCUCUACACUUGGGGAAAAGGGUUCAAUAAAACUUCCAAUUCUUACAUUCCUCAGUGUUUAUCUUCUUCUUUGUGUUUCUCUAAAACUGCUCUUGGAUGGAAUCACACUUUACUGUUAACUGGUGAUGGAGAAGUUUUUAUGCUUGGUGGAUCCAACCAUGGCGUGUUAAGUGAUCCUGAGAAGAUGAGCCCUGCAAAGCCUUUAUCUGAAAAUUCAAACGAAGCUGCUCUUGAGAAAGUGUCUGGUCUUGACGACACGAAAGUUGUUCAAAUUGCUGCUGGAGCUGAGCACUCUGCAUUAGUAACAGAUAAUGGAAUAAUUAUGACAUGGGGUUGGGGUGAACACGGUCAACUUGGCUUAGGAAACACUAGUGAUCAAACUAAACCCAAAGCAGUAAGUCUGGAUGAUGAAGUUCAAAGCAAUGAUGCUUCGUUCCAAGUCUACUGUGGGAGUGGGUUCACAUACGCCAUAAGAACACUAUCUCUCCCUUCUCAAACUUGAUAAAUGCAUACUGAUACCAGAAUAUUGGUCCUUCGCGCUUCUGUCCACUGUCACUCAAAAACAGUUAACCUGGCUCUUAAACGAAGCAGAUUGUCCAACAUAUUGUUGCAUAACAGAAAUGAUAAACAAGGAACAAAUAGCGGAAGAUGGCAGCACAAAGAUCAUCCUUACAGAGUCUUGGGCAAGUUUGAGUGCCAAGCUUUGUUUUUUUAGUGCGAUGAAAACAUUCAUUUGUUCUUCAAUUGAACAUACUGUAUUUUGUAAGCUAUAUUAUCUGGUUACAUUUAUACAAUAAAGAGAAAAACUUAAGGAAGAAGGCCACACCUCCCCCCAGUCUACGGACCGGAAAUUCAAAGUUCAGGUCCAAAUUGUAGAAGUUGGAUUAGCAUUCUCUGGGCACAUAGGAUCAAACGUAAAGCAGAGCUUUCUUGGCAGAAAGAAGAAAUAAAUCUAUUC